AGGUUACCAAACGUGAAUCCUAACCAUCCACCGCCAUACUCGCCCAGAAGCCACCAUUGCCAUUGCCAUUCCCGCGCCCUUGUUGUCAUUCCCACGGCGCAACCGCCGUUCCUAAACCCGCAAGGGUUUCCACCGCUCCCUCUCGGCCUCGCCGUCGCGCCCUUCCCCUCGUUUCAAUUCGAAAAAUUUCCUCGCAUACGGAGCGCGGCGCGGCGGCGGCGGCGGCGAAACUCAUCCCAUCCCUUCUCGGAGCAUGGCCACCGCGACGGCGCCAGAGGACGCGGCGAAGAGGGAUAAAGGAGAGUCGAAUAGGAAGCGGAGCGACGAACAGGGGGGAGGGGGAGGCGGCGGCGGCGGCGGCGGAGGUAAUAUAGGGCAGAAGCGGAAGAAGAAGGAGGCCUUCAUCUACGGCAACUACAGGAACUACUACGGCUACCGGAUUGAUCGUAAUGUUGGUGAAGAUCCUCGCCUUGAGGUAUUCAAGAAGGAGUGGUUUGAAGGCAAGGACUGUCUCGAUAUUGGAUGCAAUCAGGGUUUGGUCACGAUUGGCUUAGCAAUGAAAUUUGAAUGUCGAAGCAUUCUUGGAGUUGAUAUUGAUUCAGGUUUGAUCGAGACCGCUAAGUGGAACCUACGUAGGAUAUCUCGGCUGGAUAAGGUGGCUACGAAAAAUGUUAAAGCUCAAGAAUUAUCAAAUUCUCCAUCUCAGAGCUCUCUGGAAGAAGUGGCAUCUGAUAUGCCAAAUGGGAAUAGUUAUAACCACAAACACCAUGGUCUUUUUAAAAUUGUCUCUUUUCGGCGUGAAAAUUUUGUAGAGAGUCUGCAUGGAUGUUCAGAACAGUAUGACACCAUAAUCUGUUUGAGUGUGACAAAAUGGAUCCACCUGAACUGGGGUGAUGAUGGCCUAAUUACUUUAUUUGUGAAGAUCUGGAGGCUUCUAAGACCGGGAGGGGUUUUUAUCAUGGAGCCUCAACCUUGGACUUCAUACAAGAGAAACAGAUUAGUUUCAGAGGUUGCCAAAGAAAACUUCAACAUUAUCUGUAUAUAUCCUGAGAAAUUCCGGGAGAUACUUCUAGACAAGGUGGGAUUUAGGUCAGUAGAGGUGAUUAUGGACAGAUUGGUGGGUACCGUCACUGGUUUUGAUCGUCCAAUAGAAGUUUACCAUAAAUGAUGGAACUGGAUCAAGGACUGUGACAUCCCUGCCCAAAUGCACUUGUCCUGCUGAAAUGAUCGUGUGGGGCUUUGAAAUACUCUCUAACUGACCAGGUGCAACUAUAAAGGCUUUGCGUGGUGCUGGAUUUGCAAUUUCAAAAAGGACUAUUUGGAAGACAAAGGAUCAAGAUGGAAGAGUGGUGGUAUGAUGAUGUGUUCUCUACAUGGAAGUUUUGUAAAGCGGUUUUGUUAUUGUAUAAGAUGGAUAAUGGAUACGCAUAUCCCGAAGGAAAAAAAAAAGGCUUCCAUGAAUUAUCAUAUUUUGCCUGCUACGAACAUUGUGUAUUUUCUUGCAUAUCGUUUUAUAUGCAAUUAUGCAUAGUCGUGCUC